AUGUGGAAGCUUCUUUUCCUCGCGGCCCUCGGCCUUGUCACCGCUGAGGACGGCCUCGAUGGCUGGUUGCGCUACGCCAGGCUGCCCGACUGCAAGUCUGCCGGCGUCGCUGACUCCCUACCCUCUACCAUCGUCGGUCUCAAUGCGACCGAGAACGGCCCGAUCUCCUCUGCCUUGUCCGAGUUGACAAAGGGCUACCAGGGUAUCUUCGGCAAGGAGGUCUCUGUUGGUGACGAUGCCUGCGCCGGUUCUUCUGUCGUAGUGGCGACUCUCGAUGACUACAUUGCGGCCUGUGGAAGCGAAGGUGUCGAUGCCGACCUCAUUGAGGAUGGCUUCUGGCUAAGUUUCAAGGGCGAUAGUGUCAAGAUCCUGGGUCAGAACGAGAGGGGGGCCCUUUACGGCGCCUUCGAGUACCUGAGCCUGUUGGCCCAGGGCAACUUCACGGAGAUUACCUACGCGACCAACCCUUCUGCCCCGGUCCGAUGGGCAAACCAAUGGGACAACAUGGAUGGUACGGGAACUCACGGCAGCAUUGAGCGCGGUUACGGAGGUGUCUCCAUCUUCUUCGAGAACCUCAAGGUCGUCUCCGACAUGACCCGCGUCUCCCAAUAUGGCCGCCUGCUAGCCUCAGCCCGCAUCAAUGGAAUCAUCGUCAACAAUGUCAACGCCAACCCCAUCCUCCUCUCCCCGGAGAAUAUGGACGGGUUGAAGAGGAUCGCCGACGCCUUCCGUCCCUGGGGAGUUCAGGUCGGCAUCUCCCUCAACUUCGCCUCGCCCCAGACUCUUGGUAACCUCCCGACGUUCGACCCCCUCGACGAUACCGUCAUUGCCUGGUGGGGCAAUAUCACGGACGAACUCUACGCCCGCAUCCCUGACAUGGCAGGGUACCUCGUCAAGGCCAACUCUGAGGGCCAGCCCGGCCCCCUGACCUACAACAGGACGCUUUCCGAUGGCGCCAACCUCUUCGCCAGAGAGCUGAAGAACCACGGCUCCAAGAAGGGCAUCGUCAUGUUCAGAGCCUUUGUCUACGACCACCUCACCCUGAGCGAGUCUGACUGGCAUGCCGAUCGUGCCAACGCCCAGGUUGAGUUCUUCAAGCACCUCGACGGCCAGUUUGACGACAACGUCAUUGUUCAAAUCAAGUAUGGCGCCAUUGACUUCCAGGUCCGGGAGCCCGUGUCUCCCCUUUUCGCCAACCUCAAGGAAACCAGCAUGGCCAUUGAGCUGCAGAUCUCCCAAGAGUACCUUGGCCAGCAAGACCACUUGGUCUACCUGCCUCCUCUCUGGAAGACCAUUCUCGACUUUGACCUGCGCAUUGACGGCCAGCCUUCUCCUGUUCGCGACAUUCUGUCCGGCAAGCGCCUCAACAGGCCUCUUGGUGGCUACGCGGGUGUUGUCAACGUCGGUGCCAACUCGACCUGGCUCGGAAGCCAUCUCGCCAUGUCCAACCUCUACGCAUAUGGCAGACUGGCUUGGAACCCCACUGACGACGUCGUUGCCAUUGUUCAGGAUUGGUCGCGUCUGACCUUUGGCCUCAGCCGCAAGGUCGUCGACACCAUCACCAACAUGUCCAUGGAGAGCUGGCCCGCCUACGAGAACUACAGCGGCAACCUUGGCAUCCAAACUUUGACCGACAUUCUCUAUGCUCACUACGGCCCUAGCCCGAGGAGCCAAGAUGGCAACAGCUGGGGCCAGUGGACCCGCGCCGACAGUGACAGCAUCGGCAUGGACCGCACCGUGAAGAACGGCACCGGAAACGCGGGAAUGUACCCUCCCGAGGUGGCAGCCAUGUACGAGGAGAUCGAGACGACCCCGGACAAUCUCCUCCUCUGGUUCCACCACGUGCCCUACACGCAGGUGCUGAAGAGCGGCAAGACCGUCAUCCAGCACUUCUACGACGCGCAUUACGAAGGAUCGGCGACGGCCCAGACUUUCGUGCCGCAAUGGGAGUCCCUCAAGGGCCUCAUCGACGAGGAGCGCUACGAGCACGUGCUCUUCAAGCUGCAAUACCAGGCCGGCCACUCGCUCGUCUGGCGCGACUCCAUCAACAACUUUUACUGGAACAAGUCGGGCAUCCCUGACGAGGCGGGUCGCGUGGGCAACUACAAGUACCGCAUCGAAGCCGAGCACAUGGACCUCGAGGGGUACAAAGUUGUCGACGUCGACCCCUUUGAGGCGGCGUCCGGGUACAAGGCUAUCGUGACGACCUCCAACACGACCGCGGGGACGGCCUCGGCGGUCGUCGACUUUGAGACCGGCACGUACACCCUGGCCGUCAACUACUUUGACGUCAUCCGCGGCAAGUGCUCGUACGUCGCCUACAUCAACGACGAGGUCGUCGGCCAGUGGAGGGGUAACAGCGAGGAGAAGCUGGGCCACUGGCCGUCCGAGUUCUUGGACGGGCACUCGGCCAUCCGUGUCAACUUCCCCGGCGUCAAGGUUACUAAGGGCGACACUUUGAAGAUUGUCGGAACGCCUGACGGUCCCGAAGUAGCGCCCCUAGACUAUGUCAGCUUCCUGCCCGACGGUAUCAUUGACUAG